AUGGGAACGACGACGAGCGAGCCGUGCAUCUACGACAAGCUCUCAGAGAGCAUCGACAUACUUCGCCAGUCAGGCUACCGUUACGGCAUGUCCGAGCGGGAGAUUGAGCGCUUCAUCAAGCGCAUGCUUGAGACCAACGAGCCCCGACACGAGCCCCCACAGUUCCCACUCCUCAGGGCCACAGUCAAGCUGUUGCUGGCGGUGGGUUUCUUGCUGCUGGCGGCGUUGGUGUUCACAUACCCACAUGACGACCCGUAUAUGGGCACUGCCCGCCCAGGGUCUUGCAAUUGGUCGUCCCCAUUUAGCCACGUGAGACUGCUGGCGCUGCCCAUUGCCAAAAAAUACAACCUGCAAGGCUUCCACGAGUGGUGGAGUUUGGGCUCGCCCAGACAUAGCCUGGUCAACUGCUCAGGUUGCGCCGAGAUUUCUACGGUUCUGGAGGUGCCGGAGAGCCUCCGAGGUACAGUCACGCUGCGACGUGGGCCGCAACUAGUGCUAUUAAAGGGCGGCGAAACACUUUGCAUUGAGCGACGCCAGCUAGAGGAACUCUACCUGGCCCACUCUGCUUCCGUGUCCGUCCUGCUAGAAGAUGACGAGGAGGCGACACACAACCUAAACACCGGGCUUCCGCAAGGACCCGCCAACUUCACGCUGCUAUGGAAGUUCAGCUCUGCAACAAGAGAAAAAGUGUUACGGUGGCUCUUUCCAAAGGCGGAACUGUGCCCCCUGUUGGACAGCGCCGGCACUGUCCUGCAACGCUGCCUGGUCACACACAACACGGACACACAGAAGCAGGGUGUGGCAGUCCUCGGAUGGCUGGUCGUGGGGGAGGGGCUUCCCACAGUGAGAGUUCUUCCCGUUCCACGGUGCCAAAAACACUGCAGCUCCUUUAACUUGUGGCUCAACCCUGGAGAUAUGGUGUAUGCGGACCCUCGCUACUGGCAGAUGGCGCUCUUCCCCGGACCAGGACAGAACAUUGUGUGCGACGGUUCGGCGUUUUAG